AGGAUCGCGAUCCGGCCUCCACCUUGGUGGCUCCAGCCAUGCGAAUUCACGUGGGCCUCCCAGGAGGAAGUUACGGCAGAACUUUAACAGGAGAUGAUGUGCUCAUUGUUCCAGAGCUGCUGUGUGCUCAAGAGGAGCUGAGCCUCUAUCAUAGCAUAGUGCAAGAGAUCCAGAGCGCUCAAGAAGAAGGGGUGAAAGAUACCAAAUGGGCUUCCUGGAAGGAUGGCUGUCAUCUCAUCAACAAGGCCCCGGAGUGCUCGGAGGCAUACCGAACAGCAGUGGCAAAGAUCAUUGCAUACUUCAGGAUCUCAGAGGCAUCCGUCUACUCGCGCUUCAACUGGUAUGUGAAUGGUGCUGACUGGAAACCUUUGCAUCAUGAUACGGCCGCUUUUAGUCAAAGACGCCUUGGAAAGCAGAACAUCACGGUUGGAGUCUCCCUUGGAGGUGAGCGGGAACUUGUAUUUCGCCACGUCCAGCAUGGCACAUUGGCAUAUUUUCCGCAGCCUAAUGGGAUGGCAUUCUCUUUUGGUCGACGGAUUAACAUCAACUGGAAACAUGGCAUCAACGCCUUACCUGUAGAGAAGCACCAGCAGCUGGGGCGCAUUUCCAUCAUUCUCUGGGGCUGGUCCGACCUGGUGGACGAGGAUCCAGGGGAUCCAGGUGCGGUGCCGAAGGCUGAAGCGUUUCAGCGAAGCUGCAGGCAGUUUCAGAAAGGAAAGUGUACCUACGGCGACCGGUGCAAAUUUACCCACGUUGACGAGCCAGCCGAGACAGCAAUGUAAGCGAGAAA